GCUGAGAAGAAUUAGAUUAAACCUGAGGAUCAAAUCAAGACUUUUUCUUUUCUUUUCUUGUGAGCAUCAACAUGGACGUGUUGGCGAAUUACAGUAUUUUUCAGGAACUUCAGCUGGUGCACGACACGGGCUACUUCUCGGCGAUGCCGUCGCUGGAGGAGAACUGGCAGCAGACAUGUCUGGAACUGGAGAGGUACCUACAGACGGAGCCCAAAAGGCUUUCGGAACUCUUCGAUGAGGAGCUCGACUGCCUCCUAACACCAGCCUUCAUGAAGGGAGACAGCGACGAGGACCUGAUGGACCCCCUGCUGCCUGGUUUAUCUGAUGAGCCCAGCCCGCCACCUCUGCUCGUAUCCCUUCCCAAAAACCUCCAUGCCCCAGCCAACACCAAGAAUACUGAGGCAGGGCUGAAAGAAGCCAGCGGAGGGGUUAAUCCCGCCCAGCUAAACGCAGUCACAUCCCUCACGCCGCCUUCCUCGCCAGAGUUGGGACGCCAUCUUGUCAAGCCUACGCAGACUCUUACCGCUACAGCCGAUGGCACACUCACACUGAAAUUGGUGGCCAAGAAAGUUGGUCUUGGGGCGGCAAAGCUGGUGGCAACACAUUCGCUACCAUCGCCACCAAAUCGCGGCACACAGAGCGACGGAGAGGGAGGACUGGGAACGGUAGGCGGAGGAGACAUUCCAGAGAACAAAAAGAGGGUCCAUCGUUGCCAGUUUAAUGGCUGUAGGAAGGUUUACACAAAAAGCUCCCACCUAAAGGCACACCAGAGGACACAUACAGGUGAGAAGCCUUACAAAUGCUCCUGGGAAGGCUGUGAAUGGCGUUUCGCACGAAGUGACGAACUGACGAGGCACUACCGCAAACACACUGGUGCCAAACCUUUCAAGUGCAACCACUGCGACAGAUGUUUUUCCCGGUCUGAUCACUUGGCUUUGCACAUGAAGCGACAUAUCUAAGGCCGAGGGAGACGGGAGAGAGAGAGUGAGAGAAAACGAGUGAGAACAAAGAGGAGAACAGGUGUGCACUGCCCAGACGGGAACAUUCACAACAGACUUUGAGUGCACAUGAGGGGUCUGGCCGCAAACGCCACCAGGAGGAACAUGUGAGGCAGUGUGGGCAAACGUUGUUGGAUACUAAAAGUCUAAAAGACUUUUCAUCAGCGAUUAGCCAUGCCUUACCGAAUGCUAGCUUGGAGGUCAGACACUGCCAAACACCACCGUUUUUUUUUCUGUCAUUCUCUUUGUGUACAGUAAAUCAACCAUUAGCAUGGAACGGAUACUCAACACUACAUGUAUAAAACCGAAACACACAUGCCAUUCAUCACGUAACAUAACGGUUCUACCAGAGAAUCAUGUUCAGUGUAAUUUCUGGAACUUCCUUUAUCUUUUUCCAAGGACACAUCACAAUAACCAACCUGCAGCUAUGUCGUAUACAGCAAACAACCAAACACGGAAAACAACAUUUGCCAAUACGUUCUGAGGAGUGACCAAUGGAGCAAGCGGCCAAAAGCAACGCCCGGCCCCCGAAGUAGGCUCUGCGUGGGAAAAAAUGAAAAACAAAAAAAUACGGCAACGCUCAGGAUGUGUGCUGACUUCUCGUACUCAUCGCUCAGGAGCGAACUCUUCUCUGCUCUUCACGCCCGUCACCUCAUGGGCGAACUAAAUGAUGCGCAGCGACACUUUCUUGCCUUUGUUUUUUUUUAAAGACAGUGUUAAAAAGAUGGUUUGUUUUCCUUCUGAGCUGAAAUGUCUUUAAGAAGUAAACUUCUAAAAAAAAACAAAAAAAGUAAAAACUUGCUUUGUGAACAAGCAUAAACGUGCACACACGGGCAACGGGAGGUAACUGUGAGCCCUUCUCAGUAUGCACAAGGUUCAGUGACUGCUAUCUGACACUGAAAGGAAACGUUUGAAGCAUAAGACGGGAACAGAACAAAAUCAGGAUUGCUGGCUUGGUAUGAAAAGACAGAGGUCUUCUGUUUUUCAUUUUGCUUUGCUCUGAUUUGAUCCGGGAAAAACAAACCAGAGCAUGUCGGCACGGACCUUCUUUGCCGCUCUCUUGACACUGAAAAAAGUUAUUUUGCUUUGUGUUGAUACUGGCACCCGUGUAAGAACGUAGUAGUCCGGUGCCCCAGAGGAAGCCAAUGGAGGAAGCAUUAUGGGAGGGGGGAUAGGACAGCUGGCAGGAUGUUUGACUCUCAGAUUGGAGCACCUGCUGGGAUCAGGAUCCAAAAGAACUUGGUGGCAUCAGCCCAGAUUAACUUUGCCUGUUUCGUAUCCAUUGUCUGCACUGAUUUUUUCAAUGUUCUCUGUGCUUUUUUUCAUACAGUCAAAAAACGUUCAAAAACAAAAAUAAAAAAGCAUAAAAUCAAAAAAACUACUCGGAGGGAAAAAAACAGAAAACAAAAAAUGCAUAAAAAAAAACUUCACACACACCACAAUACAGAAAGAACAGUUUCUUUGCUCUUGCCUUUUUCCUGAGAAAAACUAAAGAAGAAAAAAAAAGUAGAAAAAUAAUUACCAAGUUAAUGAACAGCGUUAAAAUGAAACACUGCAUGGCAGCCUCUUUCAGACAGAUACACACACUCGCACACAUACAUGCACAGCUUGCCUCUCAGCAUUAUUUGUUUUGCACCGAAAUCUUCACAGCAGGAUUUUAGCAAUUGUUGUUUUGUAGGAUUGCGUUCCAUCCAGACGUCAGGCGUUAAAUCGAGAGCUCGUUUGUAAUUUUUUUUUUUGCUAAACCGGGCCUAGGUCUAGCUCCGUUAACAACCAGCUUCUAAAUCACGGGUGACUAAAUAUAUAUUAUUGUGCCCAAGGUUGUGAAGCAUGUCAUGGCAUGGCAAUCAGGGCGUUUCCCUGCUGACCCGUGUUUCAUAGUCAUCGCAGACUCUACUAAACGAUCCCAGAGUGUCCCUCAGGGAACCGCCAGAGAUUAACGAUUGGCACCAAAACUCUCAUUGCAACAUUGCCCAUGAGUGAAGGGUCUGUGCCUUUCUCUUGGUUUGAGGCCUGCUGAAGGCAACUCUUCUAUCACACGCACACACACUCACACAUACACAGACUCACACACGCUGCCACUUCUGUUUGACCACAACUACACGUUAGAUAUCAGUUGUCAUUAUUAGUUGAUUUAUUUUUAUUUCCUUGUCAUUUUCUCCAUUGAAAUGCAAAGUCAUGCCAAAAUUGACAAAACAAGAGGUGAAUUGCUUCAUCUCCACUAUUGUACAAUCAGUUGUGGUUUGUGGCACUUUUUUCCGCAAGAAGCGGCCUGUUUAUGUGAUGACUGUAUGUAUGAGUUUCUGUAAAGCAAGCAAGCAGGAUGUAAUGAUACAGUGUCAUAAUGAUGUGCUCUAAUUCCACAAAUGGAGCAAUUAUUGACAGUGUACAGCAUUCUACAUGUGUCACAUAAACUUUAAAGCUUUGAAUGGGUUACAUUUCUGUUUUGCUUGUAAGUAGCGGUGAUGAGAAGCUACGUUUGUUCCACACUGCUCUACUUUACUCUACAAAAUGACAAUUCUGCUUAUUCUUUCAGUCACCAUAUGGGAUAGAACAGCAGGAACCUAAAAAAAUGCUUCAUAUCAUUUUUGAAACCGACAAACAAUGAAGCCAAUCUUCAAAUCAACACUGAAGAUAUAAAUAUAAAUACUGCCUGUUUAAAUACAGUGCAAAGCAAAGUUAAAUGCAAAAUUUCAAACAAUACUCCUUUUUUGCCAACAUGCUCCAGACGUUACCAAAUAAAUACAGAAUAGGCCAAUCAGAUUCAUUAGCAGGCAGCAUGAUAUAUAUAUUACCUUACAUAUCAAUGCCAUUUGAAACCCCUGAUAUCUCACUCUCACGACAGCAGCGGUCCAUGCAAUCGCACAGGUUUCUGAUGCAUACUUUGCCCAAAGAUUUACACAUUUGCAAAUAAACUGCUGGGUGAUGAAAGAGAGACAUUUGUGUUUAACUUUAUUCUCACAGUAUCUCUUCUGCCCUACACCAGCUUCCUAUGAUUUGUUCUUGAACGUCUAGGUGACCAUUGACUUGGUCUCAAAUAUGUGAGCUUGUAAAAUACAGUUUGAAUGCAAAGUUGAGGAUGAGUUUAGAGCCUAACGUGAAGUUCAAACAGCUAAUUAGUCGUAUCGGUUCUAGCACUUCUAUAGUCAGGAAUGUCUUUAGGAAUCGAUUUUAAAGCGAUCAUUCACACAAUCCUAACACAGUUCUGAUUUAGCUGUACAGAAGACCACUUUAUCUACCGCGAGUUUCCAUAGGACUUUGAAACGGAGAUAAUUCUGUGGCAGAGCAUUUUACAUGACAGUAAGAAUGUUUGUCAACAUUCUAAGGGAACAGUUUUAAGUGUACUAGAUCUGGGCACUCUUCCAGUGAAGCUCCCUUCCCAAGCCGUUUGCUUUUUUCAGCUUCAAAGAGGCUUUUGGCAGCUUAAAUUUUGUACAAAAAGAUGCUUGAAACAUCACAAGGGAAUUUUAUGACUAAAGGUCAGAGGUGACAACUUUUUCAUUUUUUAUUAUCUGUAUUGGAACAACAUUUCACUGCAUAACACUCUUCAUUGUUACAACUAGCUUAGUCUGUUUAAAUGACACUGCUGUCAAAUGUCUACAUAACAUUUAGUGGCAUUUCAAGAUGCACUUAUCACAAGAACAUGGGAACAAUUCAUUCUUCUGCUUAAUAGAAAAGGCUUGUAGAUUCAUGGCAUAACAUACAUUGUCUUUUUAGUCAACAGUGCAUCAAACAAAGUCUGCUGUUCUGCAUAUAUAUAUAUAUAUAUAUAUAUAUAUACUCAAAUACUCAUCCAUAGGGUUCCCAGUCACUCACAAACAAAGGUGAGCACAUUUUUUUGUCUUGAGAUAUACUGCAUCUUGAAGUGCGUCUGUAUCCGUGUUUGUCCAAACUUGAUAUGUCAGUACAUAAGGUUUUCACCGGGUCUUUCCCUUUUGCUUUUUGAGUUCCUCACCUCCCAUCCCCAGUCUAUCCCACCCUGCACCUGCAGAACCACAAUCACUUCCUGAAAACUCUAUCCCUUCAGCUUCAUCCCGCAGUUAUGCAUUAGCAGCAGUCAGCGAUCUCUUACCUAUGUAUGUCCCUAGACAUCACUAACCAGGGAGCAACCGGCCAACAACAGACCUCAAUGCUUUCACAGGUGCUCUCCCUCUCUAUCUCUUAUCCAAACAUGGAUCUCGCAGACAGCCACCAGUUGGUAGAGCAGGUACAAAUCUGAAAAAGAAAGGAAGGAAAAAAUAGAACGGUUAUGUGCCACCUUGAUUUAUCUGUAUGGAAGUAGGACGACAUUUUGCCAUAUGUAGGCUGAAGCAUGUAGUUUCUCGCUAGAGCAGGGACCCUCAUAUUCACUGUCCUCUCUUUCCCUCGCCACAUCACUAACACUCCACCCCCUCACUUCCUGUAAUCUUCACACUCUUUCUCUCCGUUUUUUUUCUAUUCUGUUCUUUCCUUGUGUGUUUUUCUUUAUUGGUUCUUUUGCUGUACAAAGUGUUUAAAAUAUUAUUAUUUGUAUGAUAUAAUGUUAGUAUGGUAAUGUUCUUUAUUAAGGAAGAAGAUGAAAUUUAUUUUUGUUACUGGUCUGUUUCAUAAUUCUUUUUUAAAUUGGUAUUGUAAGAUAUCUAUGCAAGAACUGUUCAGUGGAGCAUUUUUAUUUAAGAAUGUAAUAAGUGUAAUAAAUGGUAGAAUCUGAA